GUUUGGCCAAAUUGUGACAGUACAUUACAUGUCAUUAAAAUUAUUUUGUUCCGUUAACAAAUAAAUCUAACUUCUUGUUUUAAUAAUUUCAUUGUGAAAAAAUUUCCACCAGCCAUUUGCAGUCUGUCACUAUUUGGAUAAAUAGUGUGUUAGUGGGGGCUACAGCUUUUACUUUAAUUUACCAAGUGUACUUGACUGCAAAAGCAACUUCCAAAAAUGGUACUCGUCAUAACGCAACAAACUUUUGAUGAGGCUGUUCAAGAAAAUAUCAAUGAUUUAGGAUUAUCCCCAGAAGACGCGGUUAUAGAAGCUGUUACCCAAUUUAAAGCCCAAGGAGUUGACUUGAGUAAUGUUGUCACUGAACUGGGAGCCUCCGCUGAUUUUGAGAAUUUAAAUAGUAUUAUAGAAAAGCUCAAAAAGUGUCAAGAAAACUAUGUAGCUCAAGACUGUUCAGAUCUGUUAGUUGCCUUAAAACAAGAAUGCGAUAAAGGAAUACAAUAUAGAGUCCAUGCUGGAAGAGCUGGUGUAUAUGGAGUGAUAUUAGAUAUUUUCCUCAAGUCUGAAGCAAGUAAAGAUGUUAAGGUGACUGCUUUAAAAGCAAUGGUGGCGCUAAUGACAAAACAGCCAGAUUUGUUUGAAGAGAAAGGGGCGCAAGUUAUAAUGGGGAAUCUUGAAGAGACAGUUGAUCCUGACAUUCAAAAGUUCAUUUUAAAAUGGUGCAAAGAAUGUUGUGUAAUGCAUGAGAUGAACAGACAAAAUCUCAUCAAUUUAAAUAUUGUGGAAAAAUUAUCAGCUCUUUUACAAAACGGACAUCCUAGUGUUUUAAAGGACACUUUAUUGGUGUCGAGAGCUUUGAUUUUGGACGAUGACAUUCGCGUUGAAUUUGGGCGUGCACAUGAACACGCUCGUAUCAUUGCUUCAGAAACAUUGGACUAUAUUAUUAAACUGAUUAAAAAAUUGAAGGAUGAUGAGGGACUUGUUAAUGAUUUAAUUCUCACACUUUCCUCUUUGUUGGUGAGAGCCGAAUUUUGCACAAAAAUUGAUAAUUCUGGAGGAAUAGAACUGAUUCAAGAUGUGAUGACCCAUUUUGUUAAUAAUGAAAAAAUCAUUAGACAGUGCUUCAAGGUAAUUAAGGCUUUAGCAGGUAAUGAUGAAUGUAAGGUUCAUAUUAUUCAGAAAGGUCUGGCACCUGUUAUAUCAAACUCCUUAAAUGCACAUCAGAGUGCUGUUCAAACUGCCGCUGCUGGUCUUAAUAGUGUUGCAGCUCUUAGUUUGAGGUGUCCUGAUAAUAGCAAAGCACUAUUUGAAGCGUCAUUACCAGAAGUGAUAAUUGAAAUCAUGAAGAAACAUCCUAAUGAAAAAUCAGUUCAGAGAACGGCGAGUUGGGCUAUCAGGAAUAUGGUAUCUCGUAGUCGUUAUCAAAACGAACAUUUCCUAGAGCUGGGAGUGGAAGAAUUACUCCUGAAAAAUUUGCGCAAGUUUAAAGAGUUUGAAUACGACGUAAAGGCAGCCCUAAGAGAUUUGGAAUGUGACGUAGAAUUAAAGGAGGAAUGGACCGGCAAAGGCGGCAAAAUUUCGUCUGAAACUACUAUUAAGAAAGACUAACUGCAUUUACUACCUGCGAUUUUAUACUUUUUUAAUUAAUUGUUAAUUAAUUAUGCAACUAAUUUAUUGCUUAAGCUUUGUAUUACUGAAAAAUACACUUUUUACUACUGUUUGA